AUGGCUGAAAGGAACACGUUAGGCCGCGACGUCUCCCAGACAAUCGACACGAACACCCGAUCCAACCGCUCCAAGGUGGGAUUCUCCCGCUCAUUCGACCACACAUGGCAAGAACCACCCAAAGCUCCACCACCAUCGCAUGGCUCAGGCCAGGAUGGCAGCCGGCGACCCGGGCAGCUCCUCUUCCAUCAAAGGAGCUGCGCCCUCAUCCCAGCCAAACAGCGAGAGGAUAGCCGCAAUGUGACGUUGAGGAAGGGGUUGCUCAAACAACUUCAGGUAAGCCUGCAAGGAGGCCUCAUCCACACGCUCACCCUCCGUAGUUCUCAGGCCCGUAGGCUCCUCAGGAGGAUGGGCUUCGAGAAGGGGGACGGCUACUUCUUUAAGCGGAUGGCUAAGGGAAUGUUCUGCACCUAUGCACUUUUCGGUGUCGCUUGGCUCUGGAAUGAGACGUCGGUGCUUGGCUGGUGGGCACUCAAGCCACGUCCCAAAGAAGAAAAAGAAAUGGCACAUCUUUAUGAGCGCAGGGAGUUCCCCUAUCCUGGUGAUGAAGAGGCAGUUGUGGAGUUCAUAAAAAGUGGAGGUUCUCUAGGUACCACAAUUGGACCCAAAGGUUUUGCUGAUGCAAACAUGGACCCUGAUAACAUGCAGAAGCGACUGCAGUCAAAAAAGUUUGACCAGGAAGCACAGAAGCUCUGGUUUCGGAUGAAGAAUGAGGUUGUGCAGGAAGUUCAAGAGAAGGGAUUUGAUGUUGAAUGAAGUUUUUACUCCUACGGAAGGGGAAAAGGGUGCCAUGCUGGUGUCAUCGUUGGACAGUUUCAGGUUGCUAGUUGACACAGCAGUUUGUAACUUAAAAAUUCAGUGUUCGAGGAAAAAAACUUAGAAUAAAUGCAGUUUGUGGAGAAUCUACAUGGUUUCCUCUUUCCUGUCAAUAUCAACCUACCUUGUUGACUCGUUCUAUUUCUUCUGCUAUUGAUUUCUGAUCUUCAAGGCAUGUGAUGAAUCAGUUGUAUGUAUGGUAGAGAGUUUUUA